AUGCUCCAGCAUAAGAAGUUCAUCAAGUUGACCAAAAAGGGGAAGACUGUCCAGGUGAACAAGGAGCACUACCUGCGAGAUGACAUCUGGAGUGGCACGCCCUUAGACCCCGAGUCAGAUGCAGCCUCCAACAAGCUCGCAGCCGAUGCCAAGCAGUACCUUGUCGUGGACACCAAUGUGGCCCUCAGCCAGAUGGACUUUUUGGAGCAUGCAGCAAUUGCGGAUGUGAUCAUUCUGGGCACUGUGCUGGAGGAGGUGCGCCACCGCAACGCCUCUGCCUACCAGCGCCUGCGAGCCCUCAUCGACUCCCCUUCCAAGCGCUUCUUCGUCUUUGUCAACGACCACCACAGGGAGACGUACAUAAAGGCAGAUGUCAGCGAGAGCCCGAACGACAGAAAUGACAGGGCCAUCAGGGUGGCGACAGCCUGGUACAUGCGCAGGGCGCCCACCAUGCCCAUCAUUAUGCUCUCCAACGAUGUGGACAACCGCCAGAAAGCAGCAAUCGAGGGCAUCAAGGCUCUCAGCGUGCAUGCGUACGCAAGGGGCCUGACAGAUCAGCCCGAGCUGGCGGAUCUGGUGGCAGGGGAAGCGAAUGGCGAGGAGGGGAUGGAGAUAGAUACUGGCGCUGGCAGGUCUGUCAAGCGCAAGCGCAUCUACGAGGACCACCGGCCCAUGAGCAGCAUCACUGCCGGCAUCAAGGCUGGCACGCUCCACCAGGGGUCACUGAGGGUGAACAGGUUCAACCCUUAUGAGGGCUAUGUGGGCUCUGAGAGCGUGGGGCAGGACAUUCUGAUUGCCGGCCGCACUGCCAUGAACCGCGCGCUGGAAGGGGACAUUGUCGCAGUGGAGCUCCUACCAGAAGACCAAUGGGUGGGUGCGAGUGCGCGGUUGCGUGGUCCAGAGGAUGCGGCAGACGCUGCGAUGACUGAUGCUGAUGAGGACGCUGACUCAGCGGAAACUGAGGAUCUGGCCCGGGACCAAGAUGGCGCAGGCAUGGCACCUCAGGUGGCUCCCGGGGAGCACUACGGCGACGCGGCCAGCAGCGGGGAGAAGCGGCCGACUGGGAAGGUAGUGGGAAUAAUCCGGCGCAACUGGAGGACAAGGGGGUAUGCCGGCAGUCUCAUGCCGGAUCAGCCGGGCCGGGGCGCGCGCAGAGGCGGCGCCAACAUGCUGUUCUGCCCCAUAGAGCGCAAGUUCCCCUUCAUCCGCAUACACACCCGCCAGGCGGCCACGCUGGCAGACAAGCGCAUAGUGGUGGCGAUAGACGGCUGGGAGCCGGACAGCGCCUACCCGGCCGGCCACUACGUGUGCACGCUGGGGCCCAUCGGGGACCGCGACACAGAGACCGAGGUGCUGCUGCUGGAGAAUGACAUCAACACCAGCCCCUUCACGCCCGCCGUGCAUGCAUGCGUGCCCCCGCUGCCCUGGAGCGUCACUCAAGGGGACAUCGAUGACCCCAACAGGGAGGACCUGCGGCACCUGCCCAUCUGCAGCGUGGACCCACCCGGCUGCAAGGACAUUGACGAUGCGCUGCACAUUCGCGAAUUGCCCAACGGCAACCUGGAACUGGGCGUGCACAUCGCUGAUGUCACCCACUUCCUCCACUCAGGCACCGCCAUGGAUGUUGAAGCGGCCUCCAGGUCUACGACGACGUACCUGGUGCAGCGGCGGAUAGACAUGCUGCCCAAGCCGCUGACAGAAGACAUCUGCAGCCUGCGAGCGGACGUCGAGCGCCUGGCCUUCUCUGUGCUGUGGGAGAUGACGCCCGACGUGCGCACCGUCGGCGUGCGCUUCACCAAAUCCGUCAUCAAGAGCCGGGCGGCGCUGACAUAUGCGGAGGCGCAGUCGCGCAUCGACGAUGAGAGGCUGCACGACGAGCUGAGCGUGAAUCUGCGCAAGAUGAACGCGAUCGCGAGGAUCUUGCGGCGGCGGCGCGCCGAGGCUGGCGCGCUGCAGCUGGCGUCCCCGGAAGUCAAAUUCGAAAUCGAUACUGAGACGCACGACCCCCUGGACGUGAGGGAGGCGAACCAGAUGGUGGAGGAGAUGAUGCUUCUAGCCAACAUCACAGUGGCGCAGCACACGCUCGCAGCCUUUGCCGCCUGCACGCUGCUCAGGCGCCAUGCGGUGCCGCCGCCACGGCAGUUCGAGCCGCUGCUGCGCGCUGCAACCGCUGCCGGCUUCACCAUCGACAUCUCAACGUCCAAGGCGCUGGCGGAGUCGUUGGACCAGGCGGUGAGGAGCGAGGAUGCGUACUUCAACAAGCUCGUGCGCAUCAUGGCGACUCGCUGCAUGACUCAGGCAGUCUACAUAGGCUCCGGCGACUUCGCGCCCCCGGAGUACCACCAUUAUGGCCUGGCCGCGCCCCUCUACACCCACUUCACCUCCCCUAUCCGCAGGUAUGCGGAUGUUGUGGUGCACCGGCUGCUGGCGGCGGCGCUGAAUCUAAACCGGCUGCCGGAGGACGCGCGCGACCGGGAGAAGCUGGCGGCGCUGGCGGACAACAUAAACUUGCGCCACCGCAACGCUCAGAUGGCCGGCCGCGCCAGCGUGGAGCUGCACACCCUCAUCUUCUUCAAGGACCGCACCGUCAUCGCCGAUGCGCGCAUCACCAAGGUGAAGGCGAAUGGGCUGGUGGUGUUUGUCCCCAAGUACGGCAUCGAGGGCCCAGUCUACCUGACCAGCAAGGCAAAGGAGCAGCAGCGGCAGAACGUUGGCGCAUCCACUAGCGCGCAGGAUAAGAAGGCAGAUGACGAGUACACUUUGGAUGAGGAGAAGCAAACGGUGGUGUCCAAGGACGGCAGCCGCCGCUUCACUGUGUUUGACAAGUCGGCGGUGCAGAUAAGUGUGGUGGAGGGGACUGGCAGGCGGCGGCAGUUACUGCUACAGCUGGUUGACCGAGCUCUGCUCCCCGCCUCAGAGCAGGCCCAGACAACAUUUUGCGUGAUCUUCAGUGCCCGCCUCAGGCGCUGUGAUGGUCUCUCGGUAGAUUCGGGUGUUGGACGUAUCGAUGGUUUGCAUGCAUGGCGUGCUGCGGCCACCAGAACCAAGGCGUUCAAGAGCUCUGAGGAACUUGGCGCAGCUCCCCUAAUAUGGAACCCUUUCCUCAACAGAGGCACAAACUUCACACCCGAAGAGCGCAGAAGGAAGAAGCUUGAGGGGCUUCUGCCACCGGCUGUGGAGCCCAUUGAGCUGCAGGCAGAGAGGGUGAUGCUGCAGCUCAACUCGGAGUGCCGCACAGGCCUGGAGAAGUACGAGCUGCUGUCACAGCUGGCGGCGACCAAUGUGACGCUGCUGUACUAUGUGCUCAUCCGAAACGUGGCUGACCUGGCCCCAGUGGUGUACACCCCCACUGUCGGCGAAGCCUGCCAGAAAUUUGACCGCAUCUACAGGCAAGCGUUGGGGAUGUACUUUGACGGCUUCAACCAGCGCGGACGCUACCGGGAGAUCUGCGACAACUGGCCCUCCCACAACGUCCAGAUCAUCGUCGUCACCGACGGCGGCCGCAUUCUCGGCCUCGGCGACCUGGGCACCAACGGCAUGGGGAUUCCCGUCGGCAAGAUCCAACUGUAUGUGGCGGCUGGCGGCUUCCACCCAGAGCACUCGCUGCCUGCACAGCUGGAUGUGGGCACCGACAACAAGGAGCUCCUGGAGGACAACACUUAUCUGGGCAAUAAGAAGCAGCGGCUGAGCGGGGAGGAGCACAUGGCGGUGGUGGAGGAAUUCUGCCUGGCGGCCAAGGACAAGUGGCCGGACUGCCUCAUCCAAUUCGAGGACUUCCAGACCGACAAGGCCUUCGCCAUCCUUGAGCGCUUCCGCGAGAAGUUCCUCUGCUUCAAUGAUGACAUCCAGGGGACCGGUGCAGUUGUCACAGCUGGGUUCAUCAAUGGCAUGAAGGCACAGGGAACGCCCCUGAAGGAUGCGCGCAUUGUGUUCUACGGCGCGGGCAGCUCUGCGGUGGGCGUGGCCACCAUGAUAGCACAGCUGCUCGUCAAGGAGGCCGGCCUGACCUUCGAGGAAGCCAAGAAGCACAUCUUUAUGGUGGACAGCAAGGGCCUGAUCACCAAGAAGCGCGGCGACAAGCUGCCCUCGCACAAGCAGCAGAUGGCGCGCGACGAUGACCCCCCGCUCAAGGACCUCAAGGACAUCAUCGCCCAUGUCAAGCCCCACGCCCUCAUCGGCCUCUCAGGCGCCGGGCCCUCCUUCAAAAAGGAGGACAUUGAGGAGAUGUGCAAGUAUGUGGAGCACCCACUGAUCUUCCCCCUGUCCAACCCCUCCUCCAAGGCGGAGAUCACUGCGCCCAACGCCUACGAGUGGAGCCACGGCAGGGCCAUCUUCGCCUCAGGUUCGCCGUCAGAUCCCUACUGCUACAACGGCAAGGAGUUCAAGCCGGGGCAGGGCAACAACUUCUUCAUCUUCCCGGGCGUCGGCUUCGGCGCCGUCAUGUGCAAGGCCAAGACUAUCAAGGAUGAGAUGAUGCUGGCAGCGGCUCGCGCGGUGGCGGACUUUGUGACGCCGGAGCAGAUCGAGCAGGGGCAGAUCUACCCAGAGGCCAAGGACCUGCGCGCCUGCGCCGCCACGGUGGCGACUGCAGUGGCAGAGGAGGCGUUCCGGCUGGGCGUGGCGCGCAUCAAGAAGCCGGCCGACCUGCGCGGAUUCAUGGAGUACCGCAUGUGGGACCCCGAGAAGCCCCACCUCAACGCGUCGACCCCCCUCACCACCCCCAUGACCACCCCCAAGGGCACCCCCCGCGCCUCCAUGGAUGUGGACGUGCAAUUCCCCAAGCACAAGCCCAUCGCCUGAGCCACGCAGGCUCGGCAGCCUGCGCGGCAGAGACCAAAACGGUUCCCAGAGUGCCUGUGACGCAAUAAUGAAAGGCUCUCUGCUGUCGGAACCAACACUACGCGUUGUGACGGUGUAGCUUAGUUCCCCAAGAUAUGAUGUGUGGUGUGCUGUGCGCUGUCUCAUGCGCUGUGACGGUUUUGAAAAGUUUGAGCAGGCAUGCUAAGGUUGUGCGAGCUGCCACAGAUUGCUGGCACUGGCAAGCUGGGUUCACAGGCACCGCCGGCUGGAUUGGGAUUUGUGGACAAUGUGAUGUGCCGUGUCCUGUCAAGAGGAUGAACAUAUGACAGCUUUGUUGCUGAUGAUUUGCGUUGAACAUGGCCUAUUGAUGAUCGUCUCCGUACAGGAGAAACCUCCUGCCAUUGCAUGGAGUGACACGGCUUCCUGUAGCGUUGACGUGAUGUGAGGCACAUCACUUAGUUGCAACCCAUUAUCUAUCAUAUGAUAUGCGGACUAGUUCUGCAGCCAGUAAAUUAUGAAUGUGCAAAGACCCUGUCACCGGGAGAUCCUGCCAGGAGAUCCUACAGAUUUUGUUGGAGUAUAGCUAUGAACGAGUGGCAAUCGUGUGGGACCUGCACAAGUUACUACCAUGUAACUGGCUGCAUGCUCGCCAAUGUAUUGUUUAUGAAUUCCCAGCCUGCCCUGAGGCAUUGCUGCCUACAAGUUCCUGGGUGUGGGUGGGACCUAAUGAUAUUGAUUGGCUGUAGAGAGAUUGUAACGCAUCAACACCUC